UACGCUUAGGCCACGCCCCUUUCUGGAGUUCCGCCCCUCAUUUUGCUGUCCUGGUCCAGAUUCCGAGGCUUGAGACUCAGAACCUGGAAGGGGACCCGUGGCACCAUUCAUAGAAUGCAAGAGCAGCUUCUUUCGGGGCGAGGGUCAUAUCCUCGGGAACCCGAGCCAUUCCGUCCAGCUGCUAGCCUCAAACAGGUCUUGGACUCGUGGUUCCUCUCUAGGAACCUCGGAGGAUCUGGCCACCCUGCCCUUCUCAGGUGCAGAAAGCCAAAUUUCCCGCAGUGAGCUAGGAAGAUUGCUGGCUUUUCCCACUCGUCUGGGCAAUCUGAGUGCAGGACCUUUGCCAGACGUGAGGGCUAGACUGGUGGUCAAAGCCUCUCCUGACCUCUCGACCCUCGACGAGAACCGAGACUCGAACUGCACAUCCCCUCCGGGGGGAGGAGGGGCGGCGCAGUCACGCGCACAUCUCACUUGCGUUCACACACGCGUAAGGCUCACGCACUCCGCCCCGCACACCUGCGCUCCGCCCCUUGGUCCUGGGCCCGCAACGCGAGUAGGCAUUUGGGAACCCAGGACGGUUUCGGAGGCGCCCUCCCCCAACCCCUCUAUUUUCCCGGCCGGAGUAAUCCGGAGCCUGUCGCGGUUCCCUACCGGCCCACAUCCUUCCCUCCCCCCGUCUGCCGCGGAACCGGUAUCCGCAGCCACCAGCCCGGAGCCGGUGAGGCGGCAAAGGGGGGAGGGGGAGGAAGCAAGGGAUGAGCUCCGGGAGGGCGUCGGGGGCCCUGAGCCGGACGAGGACGCCCCUGGAGCCGGGACCCGAACCGGAGCCGGAGCCGGAGACAGAACCAAACCACCGGUACCGGCUGCAGCCCACUAAACCCAGGAGGCGCCCUGGCCCGCGCUCGCCCCCCAGGGCCUCAUGUCGGAACCACAGCCUGACCUGGAGCCGCCCCAACAUGGGCUGUACAUGCUCUUCCUGCUUGUGCUGGUCUUCUUCCUCAUGGGCCUUGUAGGCUUCAUGAUCUGCCACGUGCUCAAGAAGAAAGGCUACCGCUGCCGCACGUCUAGGGGCUCAGAGCCUGAUGAUGCCCAGCUCCAGCCCCCUGAAGACGAUGACGUGAAUGAGGACACAGUAGAGCGGAUUGUUCGCUGCAUCAUCCAAAAUGAAGCCAAUGCUGAGGCCUUGAAGGAGAUGCUAGGGGACAGUGAAGGAGAAGGGACGGUGCAGCUCUCCAGUGUGGAUGCCACCUCCAGCCUGCAGGACGGAGCCCCCUCCCAUCAUCACACAGUGCACCUUGGCUCUGCAGCUCCUUGCAUCCACUGCAGCCGCAGCAAGAGGCCCCCACUUGUCCGUCAGGGUCGCUCUAAGGAAGGAAAAAGCCGUCCCAGACCUGGAGAGACCACUGUUUUUUCAGUGGGCAGAUUCCGAGUAACACACAUUGAGAAGCGCUACGGCCUACAUGAACAUCGUGAUGGUUCCCCUACGGACAGAAGCUGGGGCUCUGGUGGAGGGCAGGAGCCAGGGGGUAGUCAGGCGGCUGGAGGAGGGCAGCCUAGGACAGGGACAGCUGCCAUUGAGAGGCUGCUCCCUGAGCCGCCACCCUCCCAGGCCGCAGCCACCCACUCAGUGCAGAACGGAAGACUCCAGGAUGCCAGCCUCGUCCCUUGUACACUUGAGGGGACCCCUGGAACCUCUGCAGAACUGAACUUGGGCCCUAGAGGGAGAGACCCAAGCCCAGGGCUGUCUAGUCAAGAAGCAAAUGGACAGCCAACCAAACUGGACACCUCAGGUCAGCAGGAGUCUCUACCACCAGAAGCAGGGGGUAUGUGAGCCAAGUCUCCCUGAGCUCCAGAUCAGCCUCAGUCUUCACUGUGCUGAUGGGUUACCAGCAGGCAUUGCCAGGGGACGGAUAGCCAGGAAGGCUCUCCCCUCCACUGGACAGCUCUGCCCCUCAGUUGAGGGACCAACUCUACUUCCAUCUGGAGAUACAUGGUCCCCGGCUGAGAGCCCUCAGGAGGAGCCCCUCCCAAUUCCCAGCCCCUCAUUCUGUUCCCUUUCCCCACCUGCCAACAGGUUGCCUGGCCUGCCUUCCCCAAAACCUCGCUCCACAUGCUAGAGCGUGGCUGCUGGGACCAGGCCCUACCCUCGGUGGGCCCCUAAAGCAAUAGCACCUUAGGCCCCCUGCCAUCUUGGCACAAGAGGCCCAGGCCCUGGCUUGGACUUCAUACCCUUUAUUCACUGUCAAUAAAUCCGCUCAGACCAUUACAGUUGCUCUGCA